UUCCUUUUGUAUAGAAGAUUUGGUGUGUUUUAUUGGUUUUACCUGAAUACACAAGACCGGAACCCUAGCAAGCAUCAAUGGCGUCUUCGUCGUCGCUGACGAAGCGAUGCCACUACGAAGUGCUCGAUCUCUCGCAAGAUAGUUCUCCCGAGGAGAUCCGCUCCUCCUACCGCCGCCUCGCCCUUCAGCGCCACCCAGACAAGCUCAUAAAAUCGGGUCUCUCCCAGGAAGAAGCCACUGCGCAGUUCCAGGAACUCCAACACGCAUACGAAGUUCUUUCCGAUCCCAAGGAACGCGCUUGGUACGAUUCCCACCGUUCUCAAAUCCUCUUCUCCGACCCCAAUUCCCUCUCCAAAUCGGUCGUCCCGGACCUCUUCUCCUUCUUCUCCAACACCGUCUAUUCCGGCUACUCUGACACCGGAAAGGGCUUCUAUAAAGUUUAUUCUGAUGUUUUCGAUAAAAUCCACGCUAACGAGAUCAAUUUCGCGCGGAAAAUGGGGCUUGGAGUUGAUGCGGUUCGACAGGCUCCUGUAAUGGGGAACUUGGAUAGCCCCUACGCUCAGGUCACUGCGUUUUAUGGAUACUGGUUAGGGUUUUGUACUGUGAUGGACUUUUGUUGGGCGGAUGAGUAUGACGCUAUGGCAGGGCCGAACCGGAAGUCGCGGCGGCUUAUGGAAGAGGAGAAUAAUAAGGCGAGGAGGAAGGCGAAAAAGGAGUAUAAUGAUACUGUGAGGAGGUUGGGGGAUUUUGUGAAGAAGAGGGAUAAGAGGGUGAUUGAUAUGAGGGUGAAGAAGAGUGUGGAGAUGGAGAGGAAGAAGGAAGAGGAGAGAGAGAAAAAAAAGAGGUUGGAGAAGGAGAAGAAGGAGAGGGCCAUGGCGUAUGAGGAGCCUGAUUGGGCUAAGGUUGAGGAGGAGGAGGUGGUGGAGGAAUGGGUUGAGGAGGGUGAGGAGGAGAAGAAGAAUGAUAAGGAGUUUUAUUGUGUGCUGUGUGGGAAGAAGUUUAAGAGUGAAAAGCAGUGGAAAAACCAUGAGCAGUCCAAGAAGCAUAAGGAGAGGGUUGCGGAGUUCAGGGAUUCCAUUGGUGAUGAGGAGGAUUUGGAAGAAGGAAAGGAGGGACUGGGAAGUGAGGAAGAUGGGGUUGGAGUGGAUGGUGAUGGUGGUCAUGGUGUUGGUGAUUUGGAGGCGAGGAUUCGGGAUGGUCUUAAUGUUGAAGAGGGGGUAAUUAAAAACGGGGGUGAAUCGGAUGAUGAUGAUGAUGGUGGUGGUGAUGAGUUUUACGAUGCUUCGCAUGUGAAGGAGGGGGAAGAUUCCAACGGGUCGGUUAAUCUUGAUGAUAGUGGCAAUGAAGAUGAUGAUAACGAUGAAAAUGGUGUUCUUGAAGCAAUGGUGGCUGGCCACAAGAACAGAAAGCCACGAGCUUCAACCCACAAAUCCAAGGCUGCAAUAGCUCAAUCUCAAAUUGAAACUGAGGAGGAUGAAUUUGGCCCUAUGGAAUACAGCAACCGGAAGAGCACAAGAAAGAAACGUAGAGCUAAGAAAGAGAAGGGUAGGGAAAAUUGGGAAGAAUCUCAGGGGAAUGCUGGCAGUUGCAAUGAUGAGAAUAUAAACGGUAAUGGAAAUGAUAAUUCUCGUGCAGAGGAGUCUUGUUCCCAACAUUUUGUGGAAAAUGGGGAUAACAUUAUAGGAAAUGAGCAGCAGGUUAGUAGAGGUAAUAAGAUUUCAAACCAACCUGCUGAUACAAAGGGAGCUGGCAAGGACACAAAAAUCAAAGCCAAAAUUUCAUCCAAAGGAAGAAAAGCCAAGGUGACAUCGAAAAACGUUGGUAAUACUUGUGAUGCGUGUGGAGAGGAGUUUGACUCAAGAAAUAAAUUACAUAAACAUCUUGGCGAUUCUGGGCAUGCGACCAUAAUAAGAGGUCGAUAAAGGAAACUGCAGUUGAAGUUAUUCAAUUCAAGCGCUUUCCCGAGUAUUAUUCCAGUUCGAGAUAUUGACCAGCAAAAAAUACUGGUCCAUUCUUUAAUUCUUAAUAUAAGAAUUUUUGUGUAAUCCUUCGGCAGAAUGCAUUCUGUUAUUUGUUUAGUUGAGAGAGACAUGGAUAUAGAGGUCUUUGCACUAAUUUGCUGGAUCCCUUACUACGUUAAUUUUUAUAGUUUCAUGUCUAGAGCUGAGAAGUGUUUAAACGAAUUAGAGUGUAAGAAAUUCUUGAAUGAUUAUAGAUGAUCUUUUUAAUCUUUUAAAAUA